AACUGAGGCGACCUUUAGUUCUGCGAGAGGAUGGGGCGCGGAGCGCUAGGGAAACCAGAAGAGAUCACUUGUAGUCGUCUCGCCUUCACUGAACGCUCUAGUUUUUUUCCAGAAGAGAUAAAAAAUAGGAAGUGACGUCUGGGCCCGAAGCCGACCGAGCUCGGGACCAAUCCACUGCUGGCCCUGGCCAGGCCCGAGCCGCUCUCCCGCUGCGCUCUGGGUAGUCAUAUCACCCGCCGGACCGGCCCCUGUCCCCGGAACCGCUCACCGUGCGGGAGCGGGUGUCACCCCGCGGCCAUAGAGCGGGAACGCCCGCCGGGACACCUGUCGCUUAUACUUUACUAUCUCAAUUCCAGUAAAAUACUGGAUAACACCCUUGGGGGAAAAAAAAGAAAAAGAAAUCAUGAAGAAAUGUUUUAAUUAUUAAAACCAUGGCUACAUCUGCAAAUCUGGACAUUGGGGCCCAACUGGUCGUGGAAGAGUGUCCCAGCAGCUAUGGCCUCUCUGGGAUGCCAGACAUCAAAAUAGAGCACCAGCCAGACCCAAACUCAGAUGAAGGGUCAGCUCAGGGAGUCGCCAUGGGGAUGAAGUUCAUACUGCCAAACCGAUUUGAUAUGAACGUGUGCUCUCGCUUUGUGAAGUCCUUAAACGAAGAGGAUAGUAAAAAUAUUCAAGAUCAAGUUAACUCUGACCUGGAGGUGGCGUCUGUCUUAUUUAAAGGUUGAAAGUUAUGCUGAAUGCAAUAUCCAUACCUCUCCUUCUCCUGGAAUUCAAGUAAGGCACGUCUACACACCCUCUACAACUAAACAUUUCUCACCCAUAAAACAGUCAACUACUUUAACCAACAAGCACAGGGGAAACGAGGUCUCCACCACACCUCUGUUAGCAAAUUCUCUGUCUGUUCACCAGUUGGCAGCUCAGGGAGAGAUGCUCUACCUGGCUACUCGUAUUGAACAAGAAAAUGUUAUCAAUCACACGGAUGAAGAAGGAUUUACUCCCCUGAUGUGGGCUGCGGCACACGGGCAAAUAGCUGUGGUAGAAUUCCUCCUUCAGAACGGUGCAGAUCCCCAGCUCUUAGGAAAAGGUCGAGAAAGUGCCCUGUCGUUGGCCUGCAGUAAGGGCUACACAGACAUUGUCAAAAUGCUGCUAGACUGUGGAGUUGACGUAAAUGAGUAUGACUGGAACGGAGGCACCCCUUUGCUUUAUGCUGUCCACGGGAACCACGGGAAGUGCGUGAAGAUGCUGUUGGAAAAUGGAGCUGACCCAACAAUUGAAACAGACUCUGGCUAUAAUUCUAUGGACUUGGCUGUAGCUCUGGGCUACAGAAGUGUUCAACAGGUCAUUGAGUCACACCUGCUGAAGCUGCUUCAGAACAUCAAGGAGUGACGAUUCCUCAGAAAAGGCCACCUGCCCUUCUCAGCCCUGGGUCCUUAAUGAUAGUUUUGUUUACGUGUAAAUUUUUAUAGUUCUGUUUGAGUGUAAAUUUUUAUCUCAGUUGCAAUAUUUGCUGGUUUUUAGUGAGUUUUAAUACAUAUUCCUCUGGAUAAUUCACUUGUCUAUAAUAAAAUUAAUCCUGAUUUUUUAAAUAAAUGUGUCUUACUAUAUAUUAAGAUUAUUAAUUAAUGUUUUCUGGCAUGUAACCUUUUAUGGUACAGGUGUUUGUGUGUUUUGUAUCAAGGAUCACAAUGACACUUUAAGAAAACUCCAUCUUGUUUCUCUCCACUCCUGUAUUAACUUUGACUUUCACAGGACUCACUGUAAGUCUGUGGGGAAAAUAAUGUUCUUGUUGAAUUAAAGAGUACUCAGUGUGAUGGUUUACAAAAUCAUGUUUAAAUAAAGUACCUUUCUGUCUGUCUGCA